GUGGUGGGCGCUUUGUGAGCUUGCGCCAGCGGCAACUCAACAGGCGAGCCCGGUGAUGAGCCAGUGGGGCUUAAGCGCUGACAGAAAGCCCAUGCGGUCUGCGCAUGCAGGGCUGCGCACUCGCACACGAACCAGCAAGCAUACCGUAAAUUAAAAGGAACGCCGAUAAGGCACAUAACACGGUCAAACCCCUGAAACGCUCAUCCGGCAUCGUGUACAAGGGCACGUGGCAGGGGCUGCCUGUUACGGUCAAGACGGUUGUGUCCUCAGCCAACCAGGAGAGUCGCAAGCAUGCUCUCAAGGAGGCAGCACCCCUGGGCAGCACAGUGAAUGUACACGCGGUCGCAUAUGCCAGAGCAUCAGCCACCCAAACGUCAUUGCCACCUACGUAACAAGCCUCCGGCCUCCGGCACGGGCUCGCACCCCAACAUCAUGGACUGGCGUCUGUACAUCAUCCAAGAGUUUGCGGACGGGGGACCGCUGGCCAACUUGUACGGACACCGCGCGCUGUGGCUCUCGCCCGGCGUCGUCAACCUGGCGGCGGUGGUGCCCCUGGCCCUGGGCAUCGCCCCCGCCCUGGCGCACCUGCACUCCAAGCGCAUCGUGCACGGCGACCUCAAUCCCAACAACGUGCUGCUGAAGCGGGACCCCGCAAAGCCGUCUGGAUACGGGGUCAAGGUCGGAGACUUCGGCCUCAGUGUGAUACUGCGGCCUCACGACCGCACGCACGGACGCACCUGAGCAACAUCCGCAUGGGCACCAUGUUUUGAAGCUGCCCGGCUGCGGCGUGCAUGGGCCAAGUCGGAUCCGCCGCGGACGUAUAGGUGCUGGCAGUACUAGGGCUACUACAUUUGCUUGAGCGGCUUGAGGGUCAUAGUUUAGUCAGCAGUUGACUGCGUUUGGCUGCAGUUGGUUGCAAUCGCCAAUGGCUGAGGAAUGUAAGCUAGUGUGAAU